AUGUUCUUUUCUUACUGGCUACCGUGUUCGUUGUUUUUUAGAUAUUUUAGCCGAAUGUUAAGCUUCGUGGACCUGAUGCAUUCCAACCAAGAAAGAAAUUCUACUGCUGAAAACUUCAGACGGUGAGUGAAACAAAGGCUAUCAGAAGUCUUCAAAUGGUAUCUAUCGUUUUUAGGGCUUUUCCUGGUUUAGUGUGUAACUGUUAAUAGGAAUUUUUGUGUCAUCCGGACACCGUUUUUGCCCGAAAACUACUCUGUCGUCCUCUCUUGACCAAGCCGGGCCAUGGUAGAUUAACCGCGCUGGAGGACUGGGUCUGAUGACGUCACUUACAUGGAAGCAGCGUUUUCCGCGGUACUUGAAACGUUCGACGGCGUAAUUUACUUUGAAACUGCGGACCUUUUCUUUAAAGAAGAGCAAACGGCCAGACAACACGGGCAUUUUCAUUCAUUUAACAUUUACGUGAUAAAAAAGAACUAUGCAUUCUCUCCAUUUUUAAAGACAUUAACCUUUUGGUUGGUGCGAAACCUGAGACAUUCUUAAUUCUUUGUUUACAAUUUAUCUGCGUAAAGUUUGAUAGGAGCUAGUGGCUCAACCAAGAGUAUUCUUCAUUGAGCCAACCAACUGGGAUGCAGCAUCUCACACCUUCAUAAAAACCAGCUGAUUCUUCGCAUUUUCCAAGGGAAUGACUUUGCUAGUUAUUAAUAAUUAGGUGCCAUUUUUAAACAUCCUGUCCGAUUCUUUCACUUCUUUGUAGGUCAAGGGUUUUGCUUUUCAUUCCCAGAAAAUUCGGAAGUCAUUCUUAAAAGUUAGACGUUGUCAAAACCUGUCAAAUGAGGCUUCAUGAUUGGUUAACUUCCUCUGUAGCCUCUAGUAAUUAAUAUGAUCAAUCUAAUUACGAGAUUUUGAGUCGCAUUCAGUCAACCCUUCGUCUCUUUGCGAACACAAUUAUGGAUUUACAAACCUUACUACACAACCUAAACGAGGAAUUGUCCUGUUCUGUGUGUAUGAGCACGUUCACUGAUCCAAAAAUAUUGCCGUGCUUCCAUACAUUUUGCCUCCAUUGUUUGAACGAGCUUCAACGAACGAGCGGCAAACAUGGCGAGAUCACUUGUCCGGAAUGUCGCAGAAAGUUCCAAGUUCCUGGGAGCGGUUAUCCUAAAGAUUUGCCAGCCAACUUUCGAAUGAACAGUUUGUUGGAUGUCAUGGCCAUUCAAAAAUGCAACGUCAGUGGAGUGAAGUGUGGAAACUGCGAAAAAACAAGCGCCGAAAGUUUCUAUUGCUUUCAAUGUUGCGCCUUCUGGUGCGAAGAUUGCAGUGCCGCUCAUAACUUGAUUAAAGCGAAUAAGACACACCGAGUGCUGGCGAUUAGAGAUUUUCAAGAUAAAGACAUUGAAAACGUGUUGAAACGUGCAGUGUAUUGCCAGAAGAAGUACCAUGAAAAAGAAGAGCUGAAGUUCUUUUGCAAACAAUGUGAAGUUUCCAUUUGUAACACUUGUGUUGUGACAUUUCACGAAGGUCACGAUAAAGUGCUUCUGCAAGAUGCUGCCAACGAAAGAAAGUUAAGUUCGGAGUCUGCAAUAGAAUCUCAAAAAGAGAAGGUGCUUCAGAAGAGAAACCUGAUCUCUAGACUUCAAAAAGAGUAUAUUCAAAUUCAAGGACAAGUCACAAACAUGAGGAAAAGCGCCCAGAGUUUUGUUGACAAUUUAUUAAAAGUUGUCGAAGAAAAGAAAAUGGAAAUACUUAAAAAUGUGGAAGACAAAGCUAAUGAGUCCUUCGAGCGUCUGGCAGUGCAACAGUCUCAGGUUGAAAAUGAGAUUCAGUUGAUCGAAACGUCAAUUGACAAAACUGAGACGUUCUUAAAGCGAAGUAGCAAUGCUGAGAUUAUGCAGUUAAACACAGUGCAGAAGGAGGCAGUCGGUGACGGGCUGAGACAAGUCGAAGACAAGCUUGAAGAUCCUGGCAAUUUCGUCUUUAUUACGAACAAAAAAUUGAUUGAUCAAGUAAGCAGUGAUGGAGUUGGAUCGUUUUUUCUCAGCAAGACUAAAUCGAAUAAUUCAGGUGCGGUUGGAAAAGGACUCACUGACGUCACUGUUGGACUUAAAGCACAGUUUGUUUUAACAACACGAAGUGCUGAGAAUAAGCGAUGCUACGAACAGUUCACUAGUGUAAAUAUGGAAAUGAGAAAUGAUCAAGGCCAUGACUGUGCCACUGGAGUACAAGUCCAAGAUAACAAAGAUGGCAGCUACAAUAUCAGCUACUUUGCCAAAGAAGCAGGAGCAUGCCGGACAUCAGUGAUGAUAAAUGGGGAACAUGUUAGUGGCAGCCCAUUCAUUGUUCAAGUGAAACGCAGGCAGUACAAACCUGUGUUGUCGUUUGGACGAAAAGGUUCGAGUUGGUCUAGUGGAAAGUUUGAUUGUCCUUGGGGUGUGGCAGUGAAUGAACGAAAUGAAAUAGCUGUAACUGAUUUUGAAAAUAACCGAGUCCAGAUUUUUAGUUGUGAUGGAAAAUUCAUAAGAUCUUUUGGCAAAAAGGGUGUAAAAAAGGGAGAAUUUAAGGAUCCUUCGGGUAUAGCUUAUUUAAAUAAUGGAAAUAUUGCAGUAGCUGACAGUAUUAACAACCGACUGCAAAUAUUCACUGAGCAGGGGGAGUACCUUACUAAAAUUGGCGGUGAAGGAAAUCUUGAUUAUCAGUUUAAUUAUCCAUGUGGUUUAUCUGUAGACAAUGAUGGUAAUAUUAUUGUUGCUGAUUCAGAAAACAAACUAAUCAAGAUCUUCACUCCAAGCGGCCAGUUUCUUAGAAAGUUUGGCGGAGAAGAUUUGUUAGUUGAUCCCUUUCAUUGUAUUCAGAAGGAUCAAUAUUUCAUUGUAUCAGACAACGGUGAUCACUGUAUCAAAUUGUUUAAUACAGAAGGUGAUUUUCUGUAUAAAUUCGGGAAUGAAGGAAAAGGGGAUGGGGAAUUCGAUAGGCCUCAUUGCUUAUCAGUUGACAAAGCAGAACACCUUAUGGUGUGUGAUUGUGAAAAUAACAGAGUUCAGGUAUUGGACCUUAUUGGAAAGUGCAUAACAAAGAUUCGUAUUCCAUAUGGCGGUGAAAUUGAACCGUUUCAACUUCCGUCCUCUACGGCAGUUCUGAAUGAUGGCAGAAUAGUUUUGACUGAUUGUGGUAACGAUCGCAUGCUGAUAAUUGAAUAAAUACAUUGCAAAGUUAAUCAUAUAAGAUACGCAGAUUCUUUGAUCUCAAAUUGCUGUGAAAUCUAAAUGGCUGUAAUUGAACAAAUUAUUUUACAAGGCUCUCUUUGUUGUUUUUAGAUUCUUAUAUUUUUAUGUUUUUUUUGUUGUUGUUUUUUCUGUGACAACAUCUUACGAUACAUGCCAGUAAUUGAUGUCGUGUAUUCAGUCCAGUACUGCUUCAGGUGUUCAGGUAGAAGAUCGUAAUAAUUGAAGUCUUUUGAGUGCCAGUUUGUCAAUAUUGUACGUAAUGUUUAUUAAACUAAUUUUUUUUAUUGUCAAGAGUGAUUACUAACCAACACUAUAGCAUUUACGCACUUGUUUAUAGCGUGAUUAUUUGUAAUCACGCAAUAAAAAUAGUUCAUUUGUUCUUAAAACGGUUUAUUGUAUUUUGUCAGGAACGGGCUCAGGAUGUGAGUUGUUUAUUACCCCAAAGAAGUGCUGGCUGAACAGUAAACUAUAAAAUCAACAUUGACGUAUCAUAAAACGCCAGUGCUGCAUUCUGCUUUCUUAGUGAUUAACAAUACGGGUUAACAAUCCUUCUGGUUUUCUGGUUUUGGUUGACGGUUUAAAACAUUCAUAUUAAUUUUUACUUGACACUUGCAAUUGCAAAUUAUGUUGUGGCUUCUAGUCAGCGAGGAUUGCAUUGCAGCUCAUAGCACAUUAUCAGAGCCAAUAACGAUCAUCGGGUGCUGGCAAUUAAGGAUUUUCAAGACAUCGCGGACGCGGCCAUCAGAUUGCCUGAAAAAAUCACCAUGAAAAACGAAGAGUAAGGAGGUUAUUUUUCAGGGACUCUGAAGUCGCUAAUUGGUACCAUUUUCAGGCUUCAGGUAUAUGACAGAGUACGGAUUUUACUAGCUGAAGUAUAUAAAAGGGUAGGGAAAUCUGUCAUUUGGGUCUGUAAAAGGGCUCAAAAGGGCUAACAGAUGACUAUUAUCACUGAAGGGAUACAAAAGUCUCAACAAGGUAUGUAAAAGGGGUACCAUUUGUCAAUAGAAUGUAUACGAAAGGGGUACCUUUUUUGUGAAAAAUGGUAUAUAAAAAGGUAAGGGGUUGGACCUCGGGGCGCAGCCUCCCCGUAUAAACAUUUGUUGAGUACCCCCCCGGGGGGGGGGUUCAUAUAUUUAGUAAAGGUGGAACUUACUUUUAAAAGAUCUUUUGCGAGAAAGGUCGAAAGUUCCCUACAUUUAUAACUUAUUUUAAACAAUGGAAACAUUGUUGUGGCUGCCACCUUUAACGGACGACUGUAACUAUUCACUGGGGAGGGGGGAGUUCAUCUGAAUUGCGGACAUCUUUUUUCUAAGGAACUUUUUGUAGUGAACAUCACUUGAAGGCUGCUUCAUGCAUGGAACCCAUUACCUAGCUUGCGAGCACGUUCUCCUAUUUGGGCGAGCAAAGCGAGCCGCGCGAGAACGCGCGAGCGAGCGGCUCGUCUCGCGCGUCCACUUUUCACUGACGAUAUCCCCCAAAUGGAGAGCUUGCUCGAAGGCUACCCAUUACCAUAUAUGGAUUCCCGUUCGUACCCAAUCGCCUUUUAUUUGUCUCCAGCUUUGAUAUAUUGCUGUUUUCCUUCGCAACUUUCGAACCAGCGUGCAAUUGCAAGAGACGAGCGUGGGAAAGCCGUCAGUGUCGAAGGCGUCCCCAGUGGCUCAAGAAAAUUUGCUUUAAAUUGAACCAAAUCAGUGUCUGGGUUUCAUAAACUGACUCUGACGUGUAAACAUACUGCUAGCAACAAAUUUCAAAAGAGUCCGACAGAUUCUCUCAUUUCUUUAGAGGUCAAGGGUUUUCCUCUUAAUUCGUAGAAAACUCGGAAGUGUUUGUCAGCAGUUAGACACCGUAAAAACAUGUCAAACACAACCUUUAUGAAGAAGUAUCCUGUUCUGUAUUUAUGAGCCUGUUCACUGAUCCAAAAAUAUCGCCGUGCUUUCAUACAUUUUGCCUUCGUUGUUUGAACGAGCUUCAGCGAACAAAUGGCAAACAUGGCGAGAUUACAUGGCCGGAAUGUCGCAGAAAGUUCCAAGUUCCUGGAAGUGGUUAUCCUAAAGAUUUGCCGGCCAAUUUUAGAAUGAACAGAUUGUUGGAUGUUAUGGCUAUUCAAAAAUGCAACAUCGCUGGACUGAAGUGUGCCAAAAAAAAAACUGCGAAAAAACAAGUACCCAAAGUUCUUACUGUAUCGUUGAUGGUUAAAGCAAACGGUGAAGGUGUUCGUUCUUUGAAACAAAUCAUCAGCCAGACUAAAUCCAGCAACUCAAAAGCGGAAGGAAAAGGAAUCACUGGCGUGACUGUUGGACUUGAAGCACAGUUUGUUUUAACAACACGAAAUGCUGAGAAUGAGCUAUGCUACAAAAAAAUCUGACAUCGUAACCGUGGAAACUAAAAAUGAUGGAGGAUAUAACUGCGCCACUGAAGCACAAGUCCACGAUAACAAAGGUUGCAGCUACUUUGCCAAAGAAGCAGGAACUCGCCAGACAUCAGUGAUGGUAAAUGGAGAAGAUGUUAGUUGCUGUCCAUUCACUGUUCAAGUUAAACCCAGGCAGUACAAAGCUGUGUUGUCAUUCGGAGGAGAAGGCUCAUCUGCUGGAAUGUUUGAUGGACCUUGGAGUGUGGCAGUGAAUGAACUAAUGAAAUUGCAGUAAUUGAGUCCAAAUAUUUAGUAGUGAUGGAACUUAUCUAAGGUCUUUUGGGAGAAAUGGUGAUCAAGAGGGAAAGUUUAAAUACCCUGGAGGUUAGCUGAUUGUGAUAACACCCGACUGCAAAUAUUCACUCGGCGGGGUAAGUACCUAACCCAAAUUGGCGGUGAACGAAAUCUUGAUCAUCAGUUUAGCUAUCCAUGGGGUGUACCUGUAGAAAGUGAUGGUAAUAUUAUUAUUGCCGAUUCAAAUAACAAACUGAUCAAGAUCUUCACCCCAAGCGGCCAGUUUCUAAGAAAGCUUGGUGGAGAAGAUUCAUGAGGUGAUCCCUGUCACUGCAUUCAGACGGAUCAAUAUCUUAUCGUAUCAUACGCAGGUGAUGACAGUAUCAUUGUUUAAUGCAGACGGUAAUUUUCUGUAUAAAUUCGGGAAUGAACGAGACGAGGAUGUGGAAUUAAAAAAACCUCGUUGCUUAUCAGUUGACAAGGCAGGACACUAUGGUCGGUAAUUUUUUAAAUCACACAGCUCAGGUAUUGGAACUGAAUGGAAAGUUUAUGGAGAGUUAAAUGCACCAAGGUCAACCGCAGUUCUCAGUGAUGGUAGAAUAGUUGUGACUGACUUUGAUAAUAUUCGUAUUCAGAUAAUUGAAUAAGUGUCCUACAAAAUUAAUCAUAUGUUAAAUGUUAUGUAUUAUCAAUUUGCAGACAAACCUGACUCGUUGCUUUUCAAUUUAUUUGUUGCUUUCUUUUUUACUAGCUUUUUUUUGGAAAGCGUUUUCGUCUUGGUCGGUGAUUGACUGGUGAAUCGAUAGUCUUACUGUUUUCUAUCCUCAGUCUUUUCCGUGACGUCAACAAUAUCAUUACCCGCGAUGUCCAUAAAACUAUGUUGCUAUUUACUGUGUGAUUUUGUGGGCCGGAAGCUCUAAGAACGGCUCACAGGAAUGGUUUAGAAAACAACGGCCCUAAGCCAAACAAAACUAACAAUGAACCCCAACUCUGAAACAACAGAACUUUGGGCCAACAAGAACCUAUCAAAUUAGAGGUUCUAAAGAGGUUCUGGCCAACAGGUGAUUUUUGUCAACAAGGACAAGUUUUUGUAUUGUCGUUUUGUAUUUUGUGAAAAAAUAAUAAAGAAACAAACAAAAAGGAAACCCCUUAUUCAAACUAUAUAUUGUCUUCAGAACCUUAGGCGCUUUCCAUUCAGUAAAAAACUUCAGAAAUUUUGGUAAGAAAUCAAAUGGAUCGGUUCGGUCCGACCGGAAUAUUUGGGACCACCCCUGAAAGUGGUCUAUUUUGACCGAUCCAGUCAUUUCGGUUCGGUGGGACCAAAAUGUACCUUUCCAUUGAACAUGUGGAAUUUCCGAAAUUUCUAACAGGAAUUUUUGUUGAAUGGAAAGCGCCCAUUGUCUCUUGCGACUAAAAUAAUCGUCCAAACCCGCUUAUGUAGUACGACGUGAAAUCAAAAUGGCGGUCCAGUCAAUGUCAAACUAUAACAUGAUGGUGAUGAUAUAAAUAAUAAUGAUAAUAGUAAUAAUAACAAUAAUGAUGAUGAUGAUGUAUGAUUCUCAGUUUGAAUUUUAGAAUGUUGUAUGAUGAUGAUGAUGAUUAUAAUAAUAACUCCUUAUAUAUUCGGCAGUAUUUAUAGCGCUGAGACUAAUGGGGCCGAACAAAUGUUUAAAACAAAUAAUUUAAAUCAAACCUAAUCCGAAAUCGAAACCUAAACCGAAUUCCAACCGGCCGGAGCUAAACCAGUUGGCUAUUUACAAGCGUGGUCGAGAAUUUCGGGACUCAGUACUCUGACCAAAUCCUGCCAGGGCAAGACAUGAGCUACAUAAUAUUCACAUUCCAAUCUCUUGAAGCCAAGAUAUCAGGCCUCGUUGACAGAUGAUCGAUGUGAUAAUUACAAGAGGGUAAAAUGACGACAUGAAGGCUUUGUUCACAUGCUUCCCCCCCCCCCCUUCGUUUUCCGAUCCCUGUUCUUUCCCUUUCCCGUUCACAUAUCUGCCUUAUUCGCCUGAUCCUCGAGUAGAGAGCCUGCUCUCACAGGUUAACCAAGUUUACACAUGUUGUUGUCUGCUCAUCUCCCUAGUAUAUCGUCAUGAUUUUAAUGAGUUGACAAAGCACAAUUGGCCACAUCAGUCGCUUUUCGUAUCUGGUUUGAAGUGGUAACUUUUUUGGUUUUCAGCUUCAUAUUUUUGACUUGUGGAUUACGCGUAGCGUAAGGAACAAGUUAUUGUGGGCACUGCGAUGUGCAAAUGUGUCACUCGGGUGUAGACACCGUUCUUAAUUAGUCGGCUCCGCACGAAAGCGACCGAUAUCAAAACGACAACUGUCGUAGAUCGAUCGUUCCCGUUCCACGAUCAAGAAGUGCUGAGCAUGCAUUGUGCCCAUAGCUUUUGAUAUUAUGACUUUGUACCUUUUACAGGACGAUAAGUUGUCUUCGUGUGGACUUUGAAUGUUUCAAAUUAGCACUAUGGCCAACUCUGAGACAAAAGUUUAUGAACUUUUGAAGCUUUUUGACUCGUCCAGGCGAUAAUGACGAAAAGAUCAGCAGCUGUCAUGGUUUUUAGGGAAAUAUCAUUCUGAAAUGAAAUGUUUCUUUGUUCGAUAAAAACGGAAAUGUUUACUGUUGCUGAUUCGUAAUUGAUUCUCCUCGUGUAAACGCCGAGUAUAUCAAGCUGCUAGAGAGUUCGCGACGGUUUUACGAGACACUAGUCCGCCAAAUGUUCUUCAAAUGCGACGAAAUGAGUCAAGUAGGGCUUUAACUGUCAAAACCCUGCUUGUUUUCCUCGAAUAUAUCUUUCAAUUCUUCAUAAAUAAAGCUCUACCAGCUUAAACAGCGUCGACCGGCAAAAUUUCAUGGGCAAAAGUGUUAAAAACGAUUAAUUUAACGGUGUUUUUCAAUACAACGCGUUAACCUUCCACGUCGGAGCUCCGAGGUUCUACUCAUCGCGGCUGAAAACGGUUUUUUUUUUUUUUUCCUUUUUUUUGUUGUUUUUCCGUAAAACAGAUUUUCACUUGUUGACAGACUUAAAAUAUACCGGUAGACUUAUUGCAGGUUUCAUUUCUAAAAAACAGUAAUUAAUAAUCCACAAGUUAGCCUUAGGCAGCCUUUUAUUUCUAUAUUUACCACUGAAAACAAAAAAAAAUUCUUCAGGUUCCCCUGAAAACCAGAAUAGUAUUUACGCAUUGCUACCCCGCCUACAUGAUAGUCAGCACCUUCCUUGUAGUAGAGGUAUGAUUACUCCUUCUGUCUGAUUUUCUUAUCACAAAUAAAAACUUUCCGCGCUUAUCAUCCGUUAAUCCAUGAAAAUUAAACAAAAAUAAGUAAGGUGAUGACUGUUGCCUGCGUAGUUCCCGGUUUUGCUGGCAGAUAGUCGUUAAGGGGAUUCAUAGUCGAACUUUGGUAACUAGGACGUGGUUGACUGUUUGGUGUCAACGCUACUGAGCCUUUAAAACAAAUGAGUCAUAUAGCAGCUGCUCGGAAGAGAAGUCACCAAUGGUGCCUAACCCCGACCCCAAACAAUACUAAAACAAUAGCGCUGCGCGCAGUUACUAUUUAUAGACCGAAACUCAGACAAACAAACUGAAAUUAACAUUAGCGAAUUCCUCACUUUAAUUUGUCUGUCUUUUGUCAUUAAAAUGAGAAAAAUGACAAAACUCAGACAAAAAUUGCAAAUUAGUCGCUCUGACGUCAUUCGCGCGCUACGCUAUUGAAAGAAUGACAUGUUAUUGUUUCCUGCGACCAAUUAGGAGAGACCUUACGAGCAGCUCCUACAAAAGAAAUUAAAAAACGAUCGUUUUUUUCUUUAGAGAAACGCUCAUGGCAAAGAUAUUUUACGGUUGGUGGAGAAAACUUCAACUACUUAUGGACGUGAGAAUGAUGGAAAGAAUGGUACGAAUUCUAACUUUUUUAUUUGCUUAUGUGUUAUUUAUUUAAUGUUAUUUUAUUGUUUAAAUUUUGUUGUUAUUCGUCGGUUUGUGUGUGUGCUGGACUACGAAAAGGGCAAACCUGGGGUGGGGGGUCUCCCAUAGUUAAAAUGCAAGGAUGCCCGUCUUCUCGAUUUGGUGCGUCAGACAGGAGCAAAUUUUUAGUCUGACAGAGGGGACGGAAAUCCUUAUAUUUUUACCCAUACAGAUAUCGCUUAGGGUUGUUAAUAAAAAAAUAAACCGGUAUAUCGUCGUAAAACAAACCAGGGAUUGUGAUAGUGUUGCUGUGAACAGUGAUUUUCUCUCAACCCUUCGCGUGUCACCUUGCUUGCGAGUGGCGAUUUCACCCGCUCUUGUAUUUCACUCUUUCUACUAUCACUAAAAUGAGGGAUUAAUAGCAGUCUACGGUAUAGCGUCGUAUUUUAAUACAAUAUACUUGCUAUCGGUCUCAUCCAUUUCUCAGGCCAUUCUCCAUAACGACGAGACUGUAAAAAGACAUUAUCUUCAUUACUGGGUUGAAAGAACGCGGGAAAAGUUAGACGAGCGGCAGCUGGAGGUAAGUAUUUCUAUUCGAUUCUUGCUUUAGGUUUAUCAAUUAGUUCAUUCUUCAGCUCUGCGUAUGUCGAGAUAUUGAGCACUUGGGAAGUUUGGAGAGCACUCAAAAACCUAGAGAUAAUUCAGGGAUAAAUUACUUCCCCGCGUUGUACUCCGCUCAGUCCUAUCACCUUCACUUUACAGUGACCUUUAAAUUGUCUAUUGCAGGCCUUGGCAGAUAAUCAUCGAAAUCAAAGAUUGCUUCUGAUGGGAAUUGCAAGGUGGAGAGAAUUUAACAGAGAGACAAAGGAAAGGUAAUCAUGCAAAUUUUACAGUUUAGCUGUGAUCUCUAGAUUUGAUACUGAAACUUAUCCGUGGGAAUACAUGUCUAUCAAGAUCUUAAGCGCGCAGUCCGGGAAAGGUACCAAGGCAUAAUAAAUUUUAAAGUAACUAUCUAUCAUUGUAAAAGGGCCUCAAUUUUGACCCACUUUUGUUCUAUUUCAGUCGGUUUGUACAGAAGUCAGCGGUGAGACAUUACUACAUCCAUUUGCUGAAAAAAACAUGGGCAGCUUGGAAAUAUGUGAGUAACUGUUCGGUGUUGAGCAGAAACUGUCAAUUGCCUAUGCCUACGACCCAAGCAUGAACGCAAUCGAUGUACUGAGAGGAACUAAAGCGUUGUUGAUCUUUUUUUGGAAAAAAAAUCCUUACAAAAAAAGUGCUAGCUAGGUCCGCGUAUUUUGUUUGUGCUUUUUCUUGUCACGCUUAAGAAAACCCGUAACUUUUCAACAUUUAUUGCAUACCGACCAAUUAUGAGAAUCUGGUGGUUCAGACACAUGAACAAUUGCCUAGUCGUCGAGUGUGUUUUAACGUAACAUUUUUGCUUCACAGAAGUAGUACUGAUGAGAGAUUAAUGAUAUAUAUAUAUAUGUAGCUGCCAUUUAAUGACCGUGGGGUGAAGAAACCAAAACAUCACAAUCCUUUUUUUCUGCAUGGUUUGUUUGGGAGGAAUUGACAGUCUUGUUUAGCGAGAUCUGAAGGUCAAAACUAAUAAAUUCUAAGACAAUCACUUACCAUUUUCCCUGUUCAAUGGGUGUAACAAAGUGUUGCACUUGAUUUGACGUUGCAGAAUCAGAGUCAGAAUCUUUCUUGUUUUAAUUCGCAGUGUUUACUCGUGAUGUGUUUUCCCUUUCAGUUUGUUCAUCAAAAGCAACUAAAAUGGCAGAAACAAGCUCGCGCCGAUCUCCAUUACCAACAGCGUCUUCUCUCUGUUGUUAUGAGCUCUUGGAAGGUACGUUGCUUUGGGUCGUAGCCUAUGUACAGCAGUCCCCUGCCCUAUAAAAAUUCGUCAUGGCGAUUAUAUUCAGGAAAAAGAAUCUCGGCCUCAGUAAAAGGUUAACUAAUAUUGUGCUAUUUUCCUGUGUAAUGUUUUAGGAUUACAAGAGUCACGUGCGCACUGCUAAAAGCUGUAGCGACAGCAAGCUUCAAAUGCACAACAGCAAACGUUUAAGGUAAGCUAAUAUUUACUAGCCUUUCUUUCAUGGAGAGACUGCAGUAGAUUCCCUUAGUUUUGGACGGAUUAUUAAACCUGCUCACCAAGAAGCCCUUCAAAAACAACCCUCUAAAACUGUUGUCAGCGUCGUUUUCUGAGUAGACAGUAUCAACUUUGUUGUGUUAAUUUCAUGUAUGAAGUCAGUCCACAACACUACCUCGUGUGACUGUGGACUGGUGUGCGCAGGCGUGCAAACAAAAGUUUUUCAGUUUGUAUUUGUCUGAACAAAAAAUGUCAGCUGACAAAGGACAGAUUUUUAUUGUCUCCUUCCUCCUAUUCCUUCUCUUUUUCAUCCUUGGCCUUGACGUCGUGCUUUCUCUUCCACCCCCUCCCAACGGUUUUGUUCCUGUCCAUCUCCUCCCGUCUUCCCCCCUCUUCUUUCUUACUAUACCCCACCCCACCCUACUUCUCUCUCCUCAAGAAUUCUUCUUGAUAUGGCGCCUCGUUCUCUUCCUCUUGCUUUAACUGCCUUUCAUUCUAUCAACCAAGUUUUUUAUGGCUUGUUUUGGUCAUCAGUUUUCUUUGCAGUGAAAGAUUUAUGUUGAAUUAUUUUUCAGAUCAGCUUUUGAAACUUGGAAGCAUGCUGUCAAAGAAAACAGAGAGGAAAGACAAAACGAAAACGUCGCGGAAGCCUUUCAGAAUCAAAUGCUUCUUUCAAGGGUAAGCGAAACAGAAAAUUACAUCACAUGAAGCGUUGAUUAACUAACUUGCAUUCCUGAUCUCAGUUGUAAGGCACUUAAACAUGAAAGCGGGUAAUUCUAAUAAACGUUUUGUUUUUAAAAUAUCGUUUAAUAGUUGUUUUAUUUAUGAAAGCACGGGACUUGACACACGGUAACUCAAUUGACUCGUUUUCUAGUGCUUCACGUGUUGGAGAGAAUUCGCAGCUCACCAUGCAGUCAAGAAAUGGCAGCAGUGGCAGCGUGUGAAGGAGUUGAAACAUACGAUAGAGAAAGGUGAAUGAAGUGCUAAAAAAACAUGAUGCAAACGUAUCCUAGACGUGCCUUCUAAGCUUAAAAGUUAACCUUGAAAUUUCUAUUUUACUGCUCAGAAUUCGGUAAAGUUGGAAGAUUUUAAAAAUUUACAGUAACGCCUCCUUAGUUUAUACUUGCACAAACUAAAAGUCAAAUCUUCACAUUGUCUGCUUUUGGUUUGUCUCUUCUAGGAAAAUUGGCACGUUCAUUUCGCGCCUGGAAAUCCUUCACAAGAAAAUCGGUUCAAGAUAAAACCCUCAAACACAAGGCUGAAAACCAUUAUAACACGGCUUUGAAACGUAACGCGGUGUUAACAUGGAAAAGCUUCAUUCAUCUUCGUUUUAGAAUCAAGGUGAUUGGUCUUUUUUUACUUCCUCGUCCAUAACGUUAACCAAAAGUAUCUUUUUUACGAUUUUGCUGGAAAGUAAUUUGUUACUGAUAGAGUUAAAAAAACAAAAAAGGUUUUUUGGGAUACUGGGUACGUGCGGUAUGAUAAAGAAGGAAGCUUUGNCACAAGAAAAUCGGUUCAAGAUAAAACCCUCAAACACAAGGCUGAAAACCAUUAUAACACGGCUUUGAAACGUAACGCGGUGUUAACAUGGAAAAGCUUCAUUCAUCUUCGUUUUAGAAUCAAGGUGAUUGGUCUUUUUUUACUUCCUCGUCCAUAACGUUAACCAAAAGUAUCUUUUUUACGAUUUUGCUGGAAAGUAAUUUGUUACUGAUAGAGUUAAAAAAACAAAAAAGGUUUUUUGGGAUACUGGGUACGUGCGGUAUGAUAAAGAAGGAAGCUUUGCCUUUGUGUACUAGAUGCCUUGAGCAACCAAGAAAAUAUCUUUUCAAGGCUUCAGGUUACAAACUUAAGGAAAUGAAUAUAUGCAUCUCGUUUUUGGCAAUUUUAUCUAGAUUUCUGGUUUGUUUGAAAUGCUUAUCGAUGGUUUUUCCCCAUAGAUUCUUCAAAGACAGAGCAUGUGGCUUCAUAAUCGAAGGAUCACAGUUGCGUAUUUUAAUAAGUGGAAGAUACAGGUAAGUCGCCAUCUUAUCUUGGUUUCAAUCUACGUUCGGUAUUGUAGUCUAACAAAACCUUAACUUGAAAACGCUAGCAUAAACGAUGAAAGAAAACUGAAAUUCAGUGGAACAUAGCUGAGUUUUGAGUUCAAAUUCCUUCUUUGCCAAGUUUUCCAGCUCUUUACUGCUCGUGAUUCUUUACUAGAGACUCGCAGCGACCAAUAACUGACCCAGUGUUUUUGUAAAAGCGGAAAGCAAUCAGUCGUCUCCAUGCCCUCUCUCUUUGUACAUAGUAGUGAUAACGUAACAUAAGUUCGAGGAAUAAGAGAAAAAGAUUGUGUUAUUGUAUAGCAAUUUAAACAAGGAACAAUACACUAGAAUGGACCAAUAACAAGUAAUUUGGGCUUUGUUCCUGGUCCUCUAACCCCAAACAGUUGCCGUUAAGCCUUAUGAGUCACCAGAGUGUUAUAGACUCUUGAAGUGUCCAAAAGAGAAAGUAGUGUCUCAGCGCUUCUGCAGUUAGUCGAUAAGCAAACCUCAGAUCUUUAUUUCAGCACUGUGCUGUAAUUCAAGAAAAGAGGCGAACAGUUCUGGCGUUAUGGCAGUGGAGCAUCAACUUGCAAAGAAAGGUGGGUUGUGUUAGUAUUAUUUUAUCAAAUAAAAGUCCAUUUAUAUGGGAAGAAUUUAUCCACGUCUAAUCUUUUAAUUACAACAAAAAAUGUAUUUUAUAUAUUUUUUCUAGCGAAAUGCCUCGAGGUUAGACGAGCUGACUGUCGCUUAAAAAAUUAUACUUCGUUUUGCUUUUAGAGGAGAAGGAUUGGUGAUGUUAGUUUGAACAAAGUUACUAGUGAGUAGCUUAGAUCACGCACCAACUGAGCUUUUUAUAUUAGAUUUUUUUUAAUUUUUAUGUAUUAAUUAUCCUCCUCCUUACUUUUACGACAACCUUCUUUAUACAGACACCUAUUCACGACAGAACUAAAUACUCAGCAGAACCCCUCCCCCACCGCCCCCCAUCCCCCUCCCUCCUCUACGGAUUUGUGAAAGAGUCAAGAUAAAUUGGUCCCGCGCGCUAGCCAUAAUAACAGUUCACUCGAGACAUGCACGGUGUUUACUUGUGGUGCUUUUAAUCACUGAUUAUUUUGCUUUCGUUUUCAAGGCGUUUUAUGCUCUCUUGGAAUACGCAAUUGGUCGUAAGCGGAAAGCAGUUCGUAUUGGCAAAGCUUUGGAAGAAAGACGAAACAGACUUCUGCGUGCAGGGGUGACUCGCUGGAUGAAGGUGGGUUUCACUACAAUUUGUCUCGUAUGGGGUUUUAAAUCUCUUUAAUUUUUUGUCAGAAUAGCAACAUGUUUCCUUUGCAAUUUCAGGUUGGUUUUUAUCUAGCAGCGGAAAGAGCGAGAUUUGCUCAAGAACGGCAGAUGGAGGUAGGUUUAGUUGCGGUACUGUAUUACGCUCUUAAGCAAUCCGGUCUUUUUGGGCGGUUUUUUUUAUUUCAAAUGUUUUAUCUUUCUCUUGCAUUUUUAGAAGAAUAUCUCCUCUAAAGGCUAUCUUUUGAUUUUAAUUCCACGAUAAAGGGAAUUAAGGACAACAAACCCCUUUUUACCCCCCAAAAAUCUUUAAAUGUUCUAAUAUUAGCGGAAUUUUUGGCCGACCUCGUUGACUUUGCUUUAUGGCCCAUAUUUCUUGAUCACGUGUUUACAGGCGGCUCACUCCGUGCAUCAGUGUGUGUAUCGUUGCGCGAUGCACUGGAGACGAAUAACAGCAAAACGACUUAGGCAAAGAGGAGGGAGACCGAGACCGAGACCUGUGGUCGAAGCCAAACCUGAUUGGCCAGUUGUAAGUCUGCCUGGAGCAUCUCGCUCAGUCCCUUUGGUGCAGCCCUUACCUGUAUUAGACCUUCACAGGUAUGUAAGCGGCACAGUUUAUAACUAUUCUUUAUUUUUAUGACCUCAUCUCCAAACUCGUUUACAAAUUUGAUGUCAUCUAUCUCAAAAAAAUGUUUACAGGUUUCAAUGGAAUCCACGUUUUGCCAUUAGAAACCUUUAGAUUCGAGGACAAGAACGACUACGAGUACAAGAUUUCAUUUAAAGUUUUUUCGCGUCAUCAAAAAAUAGACACCCAGGAAUUCUUCAUUGUACUUUUUUCCACCAGAUAAGUUAGCACUGUUAUCGUUAUUGAAGGAGGUUAAGGCCUCUCCCGAUUGCAAAAUUAUAAAACUUCUAAUAUUUGAUAACUUCUUCUCGCCACUAGGACACUCUCGCUAAAACUCGUAGUGGAAUGACAGGGACGGCUACCACGUUUUCUUGCCCAAAUGACACCGGCUCACGCCCGAGCACCACUACUUACCACGGAGAAAAUCUCGUACUUGUAGUCGUACUCUUCUCAGAAUCUAAAGGUCUCAAUUCUUGGUCUCUGAUUUCUUACGAUAGUUAUAAACAUCUUGAAAGACUGAGAACCAUCAUUUUUGUGGCCUUUGCAUAAUUCUUCUUAAGAUAACCCAUUCAUUUGCAAGAUUAGCGUAAUUCAGAUCCUGCAUUGCAUUGUAUAUGUAUACGUGCCGUUUCCUUAUUUUCUUUCAAGUAUUGUUUAUCUAUGAUAUUGGGUAUUAGAUAAUGAGUUGGAAAUAUUUGAAAGAACAAUAAAAUUGAUAAAAUUAAAAUGUAGAAUUUGUUUUUAAUGCUCUUGUCUCCUCUUUUCAGAAUCGUUUCAGAUUCUUUGAAAGAGCGCCCUCGUCCACGAAAACCUGAUUAUUUGAGAGAGUCCUUUGAUCUUGCUGAACUGACAAAAGCGGCACAUGUACCACCGACCGUUCCACCUAAACCAUUUUCAACUAUGAGCGAUUCUGAGACAUUGCCACGCCUUUCCCCACCCCGCCCGUGUGAUCAAAUGAGGAGCAACAUCCACCCCCACCAGAGGACCCCCAGGGAGGAGUCGAUCGUGUUUCCCUCAUCUUCAGGGGAGGAAUCUGUUCUUGCUACAGAGGAGUCAAGACAUACUGUUAGAGACGCGCAUGGUCAGGAUUUUUAAAUGUUGCCUUUUUUCUCAUCUUUGUCUCUUUACUUCAUUAUUAUGAUAACUUAAAGAGCUGCAGACAAAACACAAGUGAGCAUAUUUGGAAAAAUUAACCCUUAUCAGUAUUUUUUUAAAAUUAUGUGUUAUAUUUGCGUUAGGUAAAAGGUAAAGGCGCACACGAGCCAAAGGCAUAAACGGCCGUAACUUAUCCUGGUCUCAUUAGCAUGAAGCACCUAGGAGUAUUGCUACUCCCCUCGGACGGGAUGCUAGUCCAUCGCAGGGUUACUCCCUAGCAGUAUGUCGGUACCCAUUUAUACACCUGGGUGUAGAGGGACAAAGUGGAGUAAAGUUCCUUGUCUAAGGAAAGAACGCAACGGGCGAGGCUUGAACCCCGGACCUCCAGAUCCGGAGUUGGAGGUGUUCACCACUCGGCCACACACGCCUCCUUUUAUAUUUGCAUUAAGCUAUAUUUAAAAGAACACAUCCUGUAAGGUCGCUUUGCAUCAGCCUGAAAUCCCAGGACAACCCGCUUAGAGGAAAGAUUCCCGAAGACCUUCUGAGUACAAUGGCCUCAUUGCGAUACAGUACUUGCGAAUAUAUCUUAGGCUUAAAUUACUGCUCUGAAGCACAGUUGAUAGACAAAGACUGAUUUAACCGACGGGAGUGACUUGUCAUUCUUUCCCUGGUAACUCUUUCUGUUUGCUUGUUUGUUUAUUUUUUAUAUUUAGACUCAGCGAAAGCUGCUUUUAGUGAAAGGGAAUAUGAUCUUCAAAAGGCAACUUUGAGACCAGUUAAAAAGACGUCUGUCAAACCAUUUGUCACCACGGAAAGGGUACGAGGGGCCCACAGAGGACCUAUGUUAAUGCCUCCCUCAUCCUUCAUUUUACCUGCUCGCAGUAGGGAAACUUCAAGGAAGUCUUCUUGGCCUGACGAGACUGUGGUACGAGCUUCCAACUCUUCCCAUCCUGCAUCUACACCGCACACCUCCCCAGACAGUCAAAAUCAAAUGGAGUUUAGUCCUUCCUCAGAAGCGUCGUUAUCAAGUAGAGGUUUGGAGGAGGAUGAAGAUAGAGAAGAUAACAGCAAUGUAGAAUACUUUGAGGAAGAGGAGGAGAAUGGAGAAAUGGUGGAAAUGGAGGACGAGGAAAUGGAAGAAGUGUUGGGAAAGACAGAGUGUGAAGGAAAGGAAAAGGGUGAGGAUACAUCCGAUGGAGAACAAGUGGACGAGGGUCGUGAAUCAAAGGAAGGGCGAGAGAAGACAGUAAGGAAUCAACUGUUUGAUCAGCAAAGAAAUCGAGGAAAUCUUCAGGAACGAAUUGCUGCCAUGAAGAAUACACUGCAAGAAUUUCAAGAAUUAAAGACGGCUUACAGGUGAGUGAACAACUAGCGAUGGUUGAUCAAGUUUUGUUGUUUCUUGUUCGAUGAUGAUGAUGAUGAUCAUAGUCAUAUUAUGUGUACGAUAGUAACAAACGACAUUGUCUACUAUCAUGCACUCCCUAUCACAAAAGAAAAAAAUGCUAAUCGUAGGUAACAAUUCAUGAUGACUGUUUUUAUAUCAAAAUGCCUUGGAUUUGUGAUCUUACUUCUAGUAGAACCAAAGUGAGAUUCAAAAUCGUUUUCGGGUAAUUCACGCUUUCUACAAUUUUUUCUAGUCGUAAGAAGAAACAGCGGGAUCAGUUGUCCAUUUGUGUUCAGGAGCAGAGAGAAAACCUAGGAUCAAACCACUUGGACGAAGAGUUCUUGCAAACUGAACAGUGUUUGGACGAGGUAACGAACGUCAAAAUAGUGAUACUGUAAGUAAUAUGCCAUUUUCAAGCGUUGCCAAGGAGUUGAUCUUGGUACGGUCUAGAAACAAAUCCAGUGAGCAAUCAGUGCGUUGGUUACCUAGAGGGAUUUUGUUAGCUUAUACGCGCACCGACUCGCCACUGCGAAAGAAGAAAUAAAAUUCUUUGUCAACCAGGGCAGGCUUCAAUUGAACUCGGGAAUUUGGGAUGAUGUGCAAGUGGAGCGCUCGGGGCACUCGGCGAUGCUGCUUCCUUUUCCAUGAAUGUUCUUUUUUGUUUGAAAAUGUCAUGACUUUUUUGUUGUUUUGUUCGGAUGAACGAAAUUUUCACUGCGUUUGGGUAAAUUGAGAUGGUUAAACAUUGAUUGUCAUAACUGAGAAUGUGUUUUGUUUUUUAUUUAGUUGAACGAAGAAGUUACAGAGAUGGAGCAAAGAAUAAAACAAAAUCGACCACUUGUUGAAGAAGUAGCAGCAUGCAUCCGCGAACUUAUUCAUAAAUCUGCAUUAGUUUCUUUUACCUAG